UCUGCCCCUCCCAUCAGUCCUGUCCGAAAACCUCAAUUUCCCGUGAUUUUUUCCGUUCCUCCUUUCUCUUCAUCCAAACAGAAAACUAAAAUCCCAUUUAGAUUGAGCUGAAGAGGGAACCAUCUUAAUCUCUUUACCCUUUUUUUUAAUCUUAUUUUGUUUUUGUUUGCUAGGCAUUCUCUAAUUUCUCUUUCUCUUUUCAUUUUUCGCCCAGUAUUAUUUAUUUAUUUAUUUAUUUUUCUCUUUUGAAUCGAAAUUGUUUUUAGGGUUUAUAUGAUCGUAGAUCGUUUUAGGGGGCUUUAAUUUUCUUUAUGCUUCUUUCCUCCCUCUUUAUCUCGUUUUCUCGCGCUUUUUUUUUCGGAUCUCUUCAAUUAUUUCAUCAAUUGUAAGUUGAAAAAACCUUCGUCUUUUUUUUUUUUUUCAAUUCCUUCGUUUCUGUAACCUUUAUUUCUUAAUCCAGAGAAUCGUAAUUUUAAAGGCAUUAGAUUCUGAAUAGAUCUUUUUUUUGGGUACAUAUUUAUUUGCAUUGUUUUCUUUUAAAUGCAAAUCUUUACUUCCAUUGCUUGAAUCUGUAAAUGAUGUAUAAAAGAAAUUUUUACAAUCUGAAGUCUUUCAUGUUGGAACCUUAGAUAAUUGUGGAUUAGGUUUAGGGCUUUUUGUAGAUAUGAUCAAGCAGAUAUUUGGAAAGCUACCUCGAAAACCAUCCAAAUCAUCCCAUAAUGACUCAAAUGGUGAUGGAGGAGUCCAUGAUAAUUCCUCUUUGAAUUCUGCUCUAGGUCCCAAUUCUUUGAACAAUUCAAAACCCGGUUCGGCUUCUUCCAAGCCCUCCAAUUCAUCACGUUCCAACAAUGGGCCUCUUAAUUCACAUUCUUCCACUUCAAAUAAAUCGAAUCACGGGAAGAAAACAGCCUCUCUUGCAAGCCAAGCUGGUCCUAUAUCAGCUUCAGGGGUUUAUGAGGCUUUGCCCAGUUUCCGGGAUGUCCCUAGCUCAGAAAAGCAGAAUCUUUUCCUUAAGAAGCUGAGUCUGUGUUAUGUGGUUUUCGAUUUUAGUGAUCCCUCUAAGAACCUUAGGGAAAAGGAGAUAAAAAGGCAGACGUUGUUGGAGCUUGUUGAUUAUAUAUCGUCUGUUUCAUCCAAGUUCAAUGAGGUCGCAAUGCAAGAGGUUACGAGAAUGGUGGCUGCUAAUCUAUUUCGAACAUUCCCAUCUCCGAAUCAUGAUAGCAAGAUUUUAGAAAUGUAUGAUAUGGAAGAUGAAGAACCGGCCAUGGAUCCUGCUUGGCCGCAUCUUCAGAUUGUCUAUGAACUUUUACUUAGAUUUGUGGUCUCAACAGAGACUGAUGCUAAGCUUGCUAAGAGAUACGUCGACCAUCCAUUUGUGUUGAAACUGUUGGAUUUGUUUGAUUCAGAUGAUCAAAGAGAAAGGGAGUAUCUAAAGACGAUUUUACAUCGGAUUUAUGGGAAGUUCAUGGUCCAUCGGCCCUUCAUUAGAAAAGCCAUCAACAAUAUCUUCUACAGGUUUAUUUUUGAGACAGAAAAGCACAAUGGUAUUGCUGAAUUGCUUGAAAUCUUGGGCAGCAUAAUAAAUGGGUUUGCUUUGCCGUUGAAGGAAGAGCACAAGCUCUUCUUGGUCCGAGCGCUCAUUCCUCUUCACAAGCCCAAGUGUGUGUCUAUGUACCAUCAGCAACUUUCUUAUUGCAUUACUCAGUUUGUUGAGAAAGACUUCAAGUUGGCUGAUACCGUCAUCAGAGGCCUUCUAAAGUAUUGGCCUGUAACUAAUAGUUCAAAGGAGGUAAUGUUCCUUGGAGAGUUGGAAGAAGUUCUUGAAGCUACUCAGACAGCAGAAUUCCAACGCUGCAUGGUUCCUCUUUUCCGACAGAUUGGCCGAUGCCUCAACAGCUUGCAUUUUCAGGUAGCAGAACGUGCAUUGUUUUUGUGGAACAAUGAUCACAUAAGAAACCUCAUCACCCAGAACCGCACAGUAAUACUUCCAAUAAUCUUCCCAGCAUUGGAGAGAAACACACGUGGUCAUUGGAAUCCGGCUGUUCAGAGCCUUACAUUGAAUGUCCGGAAGAUAUUCUCAGAUGCUGAUCAAGCGAUCUUUGAUGAAUGUUUGGCCAGAUACCAAGAAGAUGAAGCAAAGCAAAAAGAGCUGCAGGAGAAGCGGGAACUAACCUGGAAGCGGUUGGAAGAUGUGGCUGCAUCUAAAGUUGUAAGCAAUGAGGCUGUAAUGGUUUCAAAAUCCAUCUCUUCCAUUGCCAUUGACAAGAGCACAGCUCCAAAGGCAACGGCAAGUCGAUGAGAGAUGCAGUGAAUGUGGUUUGUAAGCAACCAUUCAAAUCCAUCACUGUUAAAUGAUCUUCCAGCCCAGCGUGUAACUGAAAUGGUGAAGCACCACGGGAAUUGGUUGAUGUCGCUUCGGUUUUUAACAUCAAGUCUCUGACCUCCUGAAUGGCAAGUGGUGGGAUUAUCUGAUUAUGACGCAUGUUUCUUUUUUUAAUUUGGUUCUUCUGUCUGCAUAUUUUUAUCUCCCUCGUUUCCCUCAUUCUCUCCCUCUAUCCCCCCUCUGCCUUCCUCUUCCAUGAUGGAGGUGCAAGUUUAUGUAUUAUGACAUAAGGGAUUUCGUUUAUAAAAACAUUUCUUUGGAUUUACUA